CUCCAAUAUAAACAAGAAACCCCUGUUUCAAACUAAACUCCAAUAUAAACAAGAAAGCCCUGUGUCAAACCAAAGCAAAUUUCAAGAAAUUAAAUGUAACGAAGAUUUUGGGCUGGGCUUUGUAAUUCCUGAAAUUGAUUUACAUGAAAGACGACAUUUAUUCUCUUACCUCAUACACAGCCUCGGAUCAGCUGUUCAAAUCCUCUAAAUUCUCUGCAACAGUAACCGAGAUUCGAGAAGGCAGCUGUUUACCAACAAAACUAAAUAAAAUUUUUCAGACAAAAAGUAUUCCGUCUAAGGAUAAUCGGUGGAUGUUGGACUGCUCCAACAGAGAUAAGAAAAUGGCAACUGGUGGAGAUCUUCUUGGGGCUGUAGGUGGGGCUGAUGAGACACAACAGGAAACAGUGCAAGGUCUGCAGUAUGAGAUUGAAGUGUUGAAAUCAAGAAUCAGCCAAGAGAGGGAGAAACUAAGGGAUAAGAACCUCCCCCAGGUGGCUGAUCUUGCCAACGUGAUGUCCAUUGAGCAGCUUAACAUCAAGAUCAGGAGAAGCCUCAAAGGACACAAUUCAAAGGUUUUGUGCUUGGAUUGGUCCGGGGAUAAGCGCCAUCUAGUUUCUAGCUCGCAGGACGGCAAAAUCAUUAUUUGGGAUGCGUUUACAACAAACAAGGAGCAUGCACUCUCCCUACCCACUACCUGGGUCAUGGCAUGCGCAUACUCACCUAGCGGUCAGGCUGUUGCGUGCGGAGGCUUGGAUAACAAACUAACCGUUUUCCCUCUGGCAAUAGAAGAAGAUGCUACUGGAAGGAAGAAGGUUGUUGGAACACAUACGUCUUACACUUCAUGCUGUCUCUUCCCGGGAUCAGAUAAUCAGAUAUUGACUGGGUCAGGGGAUGCUACAGUGGCACUCUGGGAUGUGGAGAGUGGCGCAGUUCUUCAGACAUUUCACGGACAUACUUCAGAUGUCAUGACGAUUGAUCUGGCUCCAGGACCCAACCUAAACCUUUUUGCUUCUGGGGCCUGUGACAACACUGCAUAUCUUUGGGACAUGAGAACAGGAGAAUACGUACAGUACUUCGAGGGACACACAUCAGAUAUAAACUCUGUCAAGUUCCAUCCAGGGGGAGACGCCAUUGCUACUGGCAGCGAUGAUGCAUCCUGCAGAUUAUUUGAUCUAAGAGCAGACAGGGAGGUUGCAAUGUACUCAAAAGACGCAAUUCUGUUUGGGGUAAACGCUGUAGAUUUUAGUAUGUCUGGGAGAUUGCUAUUUGCAGGUUAUAACGAUUACACUGUCAAUCUUUGGGAUACGCUGAAAUGUGAGAGAAUAGCAGUUCUGUAUGGUCAUGAAAACAGAGUCACAUCACUUAAAGUAUUAUUAUUAUAUUAUAUUAUUCAGGUAUCUCCCGAUGGUACUGCUAUUGGAACUGCUUCUUGGGACAGUACAAUAAGAAUCUGGGCCUAAUUGACUAGGUUUGUGUCCAGAAGGGGAAAAGACUUGUUACGAAGUGAAUAAUUAGUGAAUGAUGAUCAUAACCCUGAACCUCCUUUAUGAGAGAAAAAGUAGAACAGAGGCCGCAUUUAAAGAGUUUGAGCCGCGGCUUAAAUUUGAGACGCGGCUCAGAUAUAAUUGGCUCCACUGAAAAAUGUAUUCAAUGUUUCAAGAUUUAGGCCUGCGCUCAAUUUAAACCGGUUUUUGACGAAUUUGAGACACGGCUCAAAUUUAUUAAAUUCGGACAUUGAGUUGAUAAUAUUUCUAAGAAUGCGCCAAAAAUCUUUUUAUUUUAAAAAGAGUUGACUUAAGUUAGGUAAAAAAGAAAAUUCUUUUUGAAUUACAUUGCAGGAAGGGACUGUAGGUGUAAUUUCACGUAACCCUGCCGUGUUCGAUUCACAACAGUUUGACUGAUCAAUUAAUCUACACACACGCUUUAAACUGUGUUCUGUUGUAUAUAUCGAUAUCAGGCCAUGGUAUAUAAAUCAGCACUAUUUGGAUCCAAAAUGUCCGAUGCACUGUAUCAUUAAUUUUAUUUUGAUUUUAAAUGGUAUUUUAAUCCCAACCAAAAUAUUGGCAAUCAAAACUUUUUUAUUAAAAAUCAAAUUAAUUCAAUCUAGAUGAACGUUAAUAUUGAACUAAAUCAUUUAACGAUUUCGGAUUUGAAUUGAAACUAGUUCAAACCUGUCAUGAAAAAUACAGUAUUGAAAUAUCUCUCAUAUGCUUUUUUUUGGAAAGUCAUACAUUAUUAUUGUUAAAUUUGAUAAAAGAUCUUUUAUCAUCAAAUUAAAAAAAAAUUGCAUUUACUACAUAUAGUUUUAAUUGCCUUCAGGGUAAUAAAAUAAUUGUUUUGGACAAACAAAAUCUCAUCUGAAUAAAUGUUUAAAUGUAUAAAUUCUGUAAUUGUUAAGCACAACAUUUGGAUUUCUUUUUUCUGAUAUGGGUGAACUAUGUUCUGAAAUAUAUUAAAGUAAAUGAAUGAGUUCUAUAUAGAAGCCCUACAUUUACUGUUUUCAUCUUUCAGAUUUACUGAACAAACAAAUUGUAUUUUUUACCGAAGCAAAAUUUGCGUUUUUUUUUCU